UAGAUGCAUCUGCACUGUCAGAACUAGGCAGCUAGAAGUGACACACCACUGUUUUGAAAUACUUCUUGCAUUCUGAUCUUGGUGGAAGGAAAGGUCGUUACGUCAUUGCUUAUGUAUCUUAACAAAUUAUACACUUAGUUUCUCGAGAUUGACGCCUUUCGUCCUGUUCUUGAGUAAUCCCUUGUGAGUUCCAUUCCAAAACGAACUUCUUCGUCACUAAAUAAUACCGUGACAAGUAUUAAAAGCUUGAAGUGUCGUUUCAAAGGACCUGCGUAUAAAUAUCAGGUCGUUGUUAGAUCAAGGAAAGAGGCUUUGCCAUGGCGCUAUUCCUUUUUCUCUCAGCUCUCCUGUUGCUUUGCGAAUCUUCGCAUGAGACAAGUGCUCAUGAAUGUAAGACUGGGGCAGAAUAUUCUGUCAAGGGCAUGAUGUUGAAGAGUCACAUUUACAAAACGAUGAGCGUAUCUCUCGGUCAUGAGUGUUUAAAGGCCUGUUACAGAGACGUCGCGUGUCAAAGUUUCAAUUAUGUUCUCUCUCAAUCCACCUGUGAGUUCAGCAAUAGGAUCCAAGAGGCCAGACCUGAGGAUUUUGUACCGGAUUCCAACAGAUACUAUUUCAAACGAGAUAGAGAACGAGUCCCCUUGGGCUCCAUUCCAGAGUUGCCCGCUGAAUCAUGUAAAGAAAUCAAGGCAAGUGAAGGUGGAAAGGCGGUUAGCGGGAAAUAUUGGCUUAAUUCUGUUGUGAAAGAUAAGUCUGUAAUUGCUUACUGCGACAUGGACACAGAAGAUACAGACGAGUGCAGUGCUUCAGUCCAUGUCUGUGCCGUCAAUGCUUCAUGUCAGAAUCUUCAAGGGUCGUACAGUUGUUCUUGUAAACCUGGUUUCAGUGGAGAUGGAAAAGUCUGUACUUAUGUGGAUGAGUGUGCGAGCAACCCUUGCACUAAUGGUGGGACAUGCGUAGAUGGUAUCAAUGGCUACACUUGUACUUGCCCACUAAAUUAUCGAGGCAAUCGAUGUGAAAAAGCCCACUACCGUGAAUAUUUAGUGCAAGAUGUUUCGGCUUAUUUUCUAAUCUAUUUCUGGAAACUUUCCUCAUUCUGUUGCAGGGAAAAUAGCCAGUUCAUUAUAAAGUAUAAUUUGCUCACCAGCAACAUCGAUAACCAUAUCACUUUAAGCGGAUACUCGCCAAGAAGUAUUACCUACAUGUGGGGUGGAUACAGUGGGGUUGACUUGGCAGUAGACGAACAUGGUUUAUGGGUAUUGUGGGGCAACACAGGGAAUGGCAGUCGACUGUCCGCCUCCAAGAUUGAAGGGGAUGUCAUAGUAAGCGACUACAACUUGGCUACAGAAAGUAUGAACUCGAUGGGUAACGCCUUCAUAGCUUGUGGAGUGAUCUACUGCAUCGACAGUUAUCAUAGCAAUCCCACAACCAUCAACUUUGCCUAUGACACAAAGACUGGUAAUCAAUGGAACCCCAGUAUACAGUUCACGAACCAGUAUGGAUACAAUUCUAUGGUAGACUACAAUCCCAAAGAAAAGCUUUUGUACGCAUGGGACCGUCACAACCAGCUCACUUACUCCCUCACUUGGAAUUGAAUCAUUUUCUAUUGGUAAUAUUAAACAUAUUGAUCGCUUUAAAUCUUAUAAAAGUUAAUUUUGUUUAAGGUACGUUCCACACUACUGCCUUUUUGUUUGAAAACAUAUACCUCUGGUGCGUUUUCGCCGAUCAUUCACACUAAAACGCCCGAAAACGUUGAUGAAAACAGAGACUUUCUAGUACGAUUUCAAAGAAGGAUUCUUUUGAAAACGCAUCGUUUUAAGAGCUAAUGUCAGCAUGCAUCAAACAAACAGCGGCAAGUCA